CUCUGUACGAAUAUAUAUAUAUAUAAGGUCGGCGGAGACGUAUGCCUCUGAGUGCUUGGAUAUGAUCAGCACAAAAUGACUCUGCAAAAGAUUUUCCUUACCAUAAUUCUUAAUUUCACCAUCAAAUCAAUACUGAAUCACUUUGUAAAAGGAAUUGAUGUGAAACCACAAAAAGAAGUCUAUUUGCCAAGCUAUGACUAUUAUCAUAAUAUUUCAACAUUAGAAAAAAAAAUUAAUGAUAUUGUUCGGAGGAAUACAAAUUUUAUGAGGAUCGAUACAAGUUAUCGUUCUAGACUUGGCCAGUCCCAGCUGGUAAUCCACAUCACAAACUUUACUGGGAGUACAUCAACGCAGCUAUUCAAAAACACAAUGACACCGAAAUUAAAAGUUCUCUUUUCAUUUGGAGAGCAUGCAAGAGAGUUCUUACCUGUUGAAUCCAUGCUAUUUUUCCUCAGUAAUCUAACUGCAGGGCUGUCUUCACUUCCUGGCAGCUAUGCUGAACAAUUCACACGAUCAAUAUUGUCAAAAGUUGACCUAUUCAUUAUUGGUAUGGCAAAUCCUGAUGGACGCUCCCUACUGGAGCAGGAAAGCAACUACUGUUGGCGAGGUACUAGCACAGGGGUUGAUCUUGACCGUAACUUUGACUGGGAGUUUGGUGGAAAGGGCAGCUCUUCCGACCCCACUGAUGAAGAAUAUAAGGGCACACAGCCUUUCUCGGAACCAGAGGCUGAAGUGUUUAGAGAGCUGACAUUGAAAUACAAGUUUGAUGCCUUUGUUUCCUUUCACUCAGGCAUAAACCAGAUCUAUGUUCCUUUUGCAGAUACAAAAUCGAAGCAAGAAAAUCGUCGCCCAUACAACAUAGAAGAUAUGCUGGAUUUAGCUUCAGAACUAUCACAUUCAACAAAGCAUGGAUAUAGUUAUGGUCACUCCUAUGCUCUCAACCACUAUACAGCUGAUGGCACGAUCUUUGACUUCAUGUCUGGAUCUAGAAUGAUUCCGUUUUCCUUUGCUAUAGAAUUAUGGCCAUGGAAACAACCACCGUCAGGGAAAAGUUGUUUUAAUUUGUUCAAUCCUCAAAGCGAAAAGCUGGAGACUGUGGUGAAGGAAAUACAUCCAUUAUAUGUAAAGUUUUUUCAUUAUUUGAUUGACUGGAAAUUCAACGAAGGAAUUGUGAAGAUGAAAUCAGCAGUAUUGGAAGAGGCACCCUCAUUAGCUUUUGGUUACGUCCUUCUGGCUGUCGUUGUCCUCCUCACUGCUGUCAUGGCUGUCCAUGGAAGAUUCCCAUUCUGUCAGCGCUUCCAACCUCGCCGAAGAGUAGUUAGUCUUAAAUCUUUAAGUUCUACAUUUUCAAUGUCCGUAAUGAAAUCCUGAUAUUAGUCAAAAUUAUCUUUUACAUAUUAUAAAACUUUCUACAAACAGAGACUAAACUUUAUCCGAAUAAGAGAGAUUGCAUACACCGGGAUGGGUAUGCUUUAUUCAACAUUUGACUGUUGUUUGAUUUUUAUCAUAUUUUAAUUUUUUUUAUUCUUGUACACAUAUCUUGCCUGGGUUUCUAAAUAUAUUUAUUUUACUUGGUUGUGAUAGAAAUUUUUCAGUAGGAUUCAGCUAGAAUCUCAUUUGCUACUAUAAUUUAUGUAUAAGGUAAAUUUGGCUAUUUGGUGUGAAUAUUAUUUUGUUAUUUUGACAAAUUAAUAUUUGAGAUCAGCAUAAUUGUAUUGUUAAAAACUUCCGCUCACAAAAGAUUAAAAUCUCUUCUUUGAUAUUUUCAGUAAUCCAAUUUCUUUUCUACAAAUCAGCUUUAUUAUACAGCCCUCUUAGGUAUUGGGGUAGUCUUAGGUGAGAGGGUAUGUAGUAGUUGCUUUUUCUGUGCAUGUAUGUAUUUGUGUACUUGUGUGCGUCGAUGAUAAACCAUGUGCACAAGAUAUCUCUUAAACCCUUGAAAAGAUUUGGUUCAUAUCCUCACCAUGUCAUCGUACCACCAAUGUCUACACCUGAUUAAAUUUUGGUGAUUGUUGGUGAAGAUUAAAGGUCAAAGGCCACCCUGAAAUACAUUGGAAAUCAAAAGCUGUGUACAAGUCAUUACAUGAACCCCAGAACCCAUUUAGUUCAGACCAACAUCAAAAUUGCAAGGUCUACUAGAGUUUGGUGGUCAUUGGUCAAACUUAAAGGUCAAAGGUCACACUUUACCAAUAAGAAGUUUGUGUACAAGAUUGAAAGUAGGAUGUAUAUCUAUGUGACCCCUUUUCACUUUGUUUUUAUAUUAUUUUUAGAUAGUUAUUUUUCUCAGUCAUAUUCUGUGAACGGGUGUAUUAUAUAUUUAUAAAAUUGUUCCAUGAAACAGUAUUUUAUAGUGAUGUACUUCUUGAUAACAAUGGAAACAGCAUUUGGAAGGAUCUAUUGUGAUAUUUAGAUUAACCACAUGUACAUGUAUAAGCAUAUUUACAUUGAUUGAAUUCUGUUUUUUGUUUUGAAUGCUGUAGAAUAUGUUCUAUUUAAAAAAUGUAUUCACUUGAGGAUUUUAAACUAAAAAGAUAAAUUGUCUACAUCACAGUUUUUAAUUCCAUUUCUCAAAGUUUUAUACUGUUGUUUUCUGGUGAUUUUCACUUUUAAAAUAUUGUUUACUAUUAAAAGUCAGAAUGCAUCUCAGAAAGUUGAGAGGAAAAUGAUAUAAAGGAGUGCAGAAUUAGAAUACUUCUCCUUUUUAUCAAUUCAAGCUCUCUGUAUUUUCCGGGCAGUUUUUCAAGUUGAUACACACAAUUUUGAUUUGUACCGGUCUUGAAAUCCCUUACUAUUUUCUUGUGACAUCAACUUUCCCAGCAGUGAACCAUUAUAAUGUAUAACAUGUUGUUCUGAAACCAAAUGUUAACAUUUUCUUUUAAACAGGGGAAGAAAUUAAAUGGAGUUAAGGGUGUAUGUCACCUUAAAGUUAGAGUGAUCUUUUUUUUAAGAAAUUCUCUACCAGGAAACAAAAAUAGAAAAUAUUUUAAAUAUUGUGAGUUGAACUUCAUUAAUCUAAUAACACCUGAUUUGAAAAGCACAAAAUGAUAGUUUAUUACAGUUUGUUGUUAAUACGUUGUAUUAAGGUUCUUAUUGUGAAAGAGGAGAUGAGAAUAUUUGGUAUGAUUUUUACAGCAGCUUAACAUUUAGGGGAUUAUUACAAAGAGACACUAGUAUUAUAGAAAUCAUUAU